AUUCAACUGAUAAGCUAAAAUAAGACUAUAAAAACAAUAUUAUCAGUAUAUUGGUAUAUUGAGAAUGAAAUACAACAAAAAUAAUUAACAAAGUGGCUAAAACUCCCUAAACAAUGAGUGGGUCUCUAGCAUAAAGCUUUAGUUAUAUAUUAACGUUUAGCAGUAGAACACAUACGCGUAACAACAGUUUUUCCUAAACAAUUUAAGGAAAUUUGAAUUAUUUGAAAUAUUUUUAUUUUUUUUUAAUUAAAACAAAAUGUGUAAUUGUUUGUUGGAAGUUCUUAAGUGUCCUGGCAAAGUUGUAUGCUGUUGCUGCGAUUGUGCCUGUAAAAUGCUUUGCAGUUUGAUUUGUUCCGCUGUUGUUCUAUUGGUAAUUAUCGGUUUAAUUGUUUACUUUACGGUCUACUAUCACAAGGAUAGUGGCAGUUCUGAUGAAGUGAAGAAAAUGACAGAAAGAGUUAUAAGAGAAGCGGCACCACAAAAUUUCCGUGAUUUCUUUAAGACUAUUAAUUAAUAUUUUGUUUUUUAAUUUAGUGAAAAUAUUAAUAAAAUAUAUAUUUUUUUUUAAUUA